AUGGACAUGUGGCCAAUGAAUCGACAUACCCAGGCAAGUGCCUUACUUCGGCACUACUUGAGCUGGGCGGUGCACUGUGGGCUUCUGUGGGUGACUGAGGCAGUUGAUGUUACAAGUGCUAGUGAAGGCUACAACUUGAAUCGAUAUUACACACAUUCGCGAGGCAGUGCAGCCCGGUAUUUGUUGGGUAUUUGCAUGCAUUCACUUAUGAAAACACUGGUUACGACCACUGUCGUCAUUGGGAGAAUGAGCUGCAGCGGUAGUGCAGGAAACUCUGAAUUGAUGAAGAGCGGGAGGCGCGAAAAGGAAGAUGAGAGGCAGAAGAUAUCAUUGGAUAGACAGGGCGGCCAAGCACGCACAAAUACACUGGCAGACUGUUCAGUUGCUCUUCAGUUCAACCCAACGAUGUUCAGGCUCUCUCUUGGCAUACUUACUUAUCACAUCACCAAUAGCCAAAUGAGCGCUAACCUAUCUCAUCUUCACGCCUCUCCUGCCAACCUUUCACCUUAUUUUCGACGCUGGGCACGGAAACGGUGCGAGUACCGUUCCUUGGUGUUGAAUGCAAGCGCCGUGCAGGCUAGAGAUAGUGGCGCAUAUCGACCUGAGACUGGUGAUGAAUGCGUGACUCAGGUAGUGGUAGCAAAACCCUGUACAUACUCUAUCGUGCUCGCUCCACCUCAGUGGAACUGA